GUCACGGCGAACCCCACCCCGCACGGCGGGCUGCCUGGCAACAUGAGGCAGAGAACAGGAAGACCCACAGCAGGAAAGUGAACAACCUGCGGACCCUGAGUAGAAAUCGACGAGAAACAACGCUUUGGACAGACAAUGGAGGAUGCAGACAAAGGUUCCCAGGGCCAUCCGGACUCAGUCCCAGAGGUGGGAGAGGAUGCAGUGACGUCUGUUGGCGCUGCGUCCUCAACAAUGCCCGCCUUGACGGAGGAAGAGCGUCAGGAGCUGCAGGAGGAGCUGGCUAAGGUCGAAGAUGAGAUCCAGACUCUGUCCCAGGUGCUGGCAUCCAAAGACAAGCAGCUGGCUGAAAUUAAGAGGAAGCUGGGCAUCACCCCUCUUAAUGAGCUGAAACAGAACAUCACCAAAACCUGGCAGGAGGUCACUGCCUCCACUGCCUAUAGGAGGACUUCUGAAACUCUGUCUCAGGCGAGUCUGAAGGCUACAGCAGCUUUCACAAAUAUGGGCUCAGCCAUCACCCGGAAGCUCGAGGAUGUCAGGUCACACUAUACGUCUGAUAAAGUUAGAAACGCACCAACCUUCAAGUCGUUUGAGGAGAAAGUAGAGACUCUGAAGACCAAGAUGACUCCAUCACCAUCCACCAGUGAGACCGGCAUCCAGGACGACGGUGAUUCUCCAACCGCUGAGGCUUCGCUCAAUCAGCCAGACAACUCGCCCUCCCAGGAGGAGCCGAUGCACUGAGAGGGCCUAACCACUCUUGACCCCUCCCCAGCGCCUCCUCGCUCUCUCUGUCGACCCUCUAACCCCGCGGGCCAUCUACACUCUCCCCCUAAACGCUGCGUGCCAGUUUCCCUUUAUUGGAAACCAAUGACUCCCUCCCCCCCCACACUCCCAGCCUUCCUUGUGAUCUAAUUGUCGGAUCUUUUCUCAUGACACGUGCUCUCACUUGUUAACCACCGCGGAAAGUGAAAGCAUGGGAUGGGUGCAGGCAUGUGGUCUUUCGCUGUGUAUCUUCGAGUCUCUUCAGGCUCACUGUGGGAGAAAUCCUCCCUGCUGUGCCACUUUUCCUCUUCCCCUUCAUCUUCUCCCUCUCGCACUCCUCAUGCCUCUGCCUAACCUGCCAAACGUGCCCCAAUUUAAUAGUUUUUUCUGUAUAAACGUAACAAUUUUUGUGGGGUUUUUUUUUUUUUUUUUUUUUUUUUUUUUGGAGAGUAGAAAAUUGCACAAAAAGUUUUCACUCGUUUAGUGAAGGAUUUACACAUUGGUAUGUGAACCAGGCAGUUGUAGGCUCCGAGCUUCUGCAUGGCCCUGUGUUAUGUGUUAGUUGUUGUUAUUAGAAGCACUCGUUUGCUCUGCUUCCAAUUUGGGGUCUUUUUAAGUUUACCUUGUUUUGGGGCUUUUUUUCUUUUCUUUAAUUUUUCUUACAGCACGAUUGCAAAGUAAUUUAACACUGCGUUCAAAGAACAAAAUGUAAAAAUGUAUGCCUUUCAGUGUCAUAUGGGUGUGACAGCUGGUGCGAGUACUGUGGGUUAAAUUAGUCAGUUUUUCACAAGUGCAAACACCGACUCGAAAAUAGGAAUUUCAGAGCACAGGAUGGGGGUGAAACACACACACACACACACAAAAAAAAUCCCCCCUUUCUUUGCCUUUGUGAUGAUGUUGUCAGAGAACGAUCGCCACGCUCAGAUAGUUACAGGAAAACUGCCAAGAUCAGCAGAACAGAGAUAGACCAAACACAGCGUCAAGGUUCAGCCUUGACCUGAGGUGAAGAGGGAAAAAAAGAGCCAGAGUCAAUAUUUAAACACUUCAUUGUUCCUGCGUGGGAGGUAACACCUAAACCUCCCCAUGCUGUGUGUGAUAAAACGCCUAGCAAGAGGAUACUUCACUGAUAUGAAAUAAUAUUGUAACAGAGAAGGUUUCCCUCCCUAUUUUGAAUAUGCGCACUAAGCUUAACAGGCUUUUUCUUGCUUUUUGGGGGGAAAGUUGCAUAAAUAAUUGAAAUUCUGAUUCUGGUGGUAGAGUUGUGGCAGACUGCACAGGUACAUACAGUAUUGGGUAAAAAAAAAAUGCUGCUUUCAGAGAUCAAUCACAGUUUCUGAGUCUUGAAGGUAAACUUAGUGGUGCAUCUUCAGUGAACACUGUUUUCAGCUCGCUAUUGAUCCUGCACAUCCUAGAAACUAUUAAACUACUGAACAAUGAAUGAAUCGAGUUGCGUGCUACCUGCGGGUGCCGAUGGAGGCUCAAUGAACCUCGAAGGGCGAACAGAGCCAGUGUGGAGUCAGCCAGGGCUUCCUCUGAGACGCGAGCGUAACUAAACUACUGAUUUGUAACCCUUCCCCUCUUCUGGAUGCGCGACCAACCUUGUGCAAGUCUUCUCCUGCUGGUGGUCCAAUCGUGCGUGUGAUUCAGCUCGCCCUCCGCCGUUAACGUCGCCACGCAGACUAAGGGUCGGGAACACUGCUUUCCAGCCAUGAGCAAAUUUGUUGCAGCCUUUUAUCUGAGGCGCUUUUAUUUGGAGUCGUUUAUUCAACACACACACACACACACACUUUUGUUCAUGAAUGGAACCAUGGAGACAAGAAAUGCACUCUAAUUAAAAGACUUUUGAAGUAA